UUACAUAUAAAAACUCCACAAUCCCCUCAUUUCCCCCUCAUUCUCCUCACUUUCUCUCUCCAACUUUCUACCACCUUACACAAUCACAUCACCGGCGAAAUCUCUGCUUCAUUUUCUCUCUCCUCCCAUUUUUCAUAUGCAUCUACUCAACUGAGCUCUACACACACUCUUAAAAUGGGGCGCCACAAGAAGCGCGCCACCACCACCGCAUCGUCUGAGAAGAAAUCCUCGGCAGCACCUUCGCUACUUCCGCCGAUUUCGCCGCCGCAAUCGAACGAGCUAGUUGAGUCGUCGGUUAUUAAGCAGGAGUGUGAAAAGGCGUUAAAUGCUCUGCGAAAAGGUAAUUACAACAAAGCGGUGCGUUUGAUGAAGGAUUCGAGUCAGAAGUAUGAGAAGUCGGCGCUUUUUCAGCGAGUUUUUGGUACAAUUUAUGUCAAAAUUGCCGGUAUAAUUGAUGAUCCGAAUGCGAAGCAGCGUCAUUAUAGGAACGCGAUUGAAUCGGCGAGGAAGGCAGUGUCGAUGUCACCGAAUUCGGUUGAGUUUGCUCAUUUUUAUGCGAAUUUGUUGUUUGAGACUGCGAAUGAUGGGAAAGAUUACGAGGAGGUGGUGUCGGAGUGUGAAAGAGCGUUGGCGAUUGAGAAUCCUAAUGAUCCUUUGAAGGAAAAUGUAAGUAAUCAGCAGCAGCAGGAGGAGAAUUCGCCGGCACUCGCUACAGCUGAAGGAAGGAUUACGCAGGUGCAGGGGGAGCUUCGAGGACUGAUCCAGAAGUCGAAUAUCGCUUCGAUUUCGACUUGGAUGAAGAAUUUGGGAGGACCUACUGGAGAGGAGAAGUUUAGGUUGAUCCCGCUUAAGAAGUUGUCGGAGGAUACCUCAGAGUCCAAGUACUUUUCGACGACUAAUUCGAAUGUUCGGAGGCCGAAUGAGAUUAAGAAGGCUACUAAGACACUUGAGGAGAGGAGGAAAGAAAUUGAAACUAGGGUUACUGCUGCUAGGUUGAUGCAGCAGCAGUCUGAGCAGGCGCGGAACGCGGAGGAGGGGAAGACGAAUGUUGGUGCGCAAUCGCAAUCUAGUAGUUUGGUUUCUGGAAGUGGUGGUAGUAAGGUUGGUGAGAGGAGAAAACAUGGGAAUUAUAAAAGGAAUUCAAGCUUUUGCGAGCGGAAAGAUCAGGUGAGGACAUUUUGGGACUCAAUGAGCUCUGAAAUGAGGAGAGGUUUGUUGAGUGUUAGCGUUAGUGAUCUUAGGGAGCAUUUUAAGGGCUCGUCUAAUAAAGAUGGGAGGCAAGCCUGUGAGCUUUUGUCAGAGGCUAUACAAUUUGGAAAAGUAAACAAGACAUGGAAGUUUUGGGUGUGUUGUCGUUGUGAGCAGAAGUUUCCGCAGGCUGAUGCUCAUGUGCAGCAUGUGGUUCAAAAGCAUAUGGGAAAUUUAUUGCCAAAAGUGCAGUCUGCUUUGCCACAGAAUAUUGAUAACGAGUGGGCGGAAAUGCUUCUUAGUUGUUCUUGGAAACCCUUGGAUUUGACUGCCUCUGUGAGGAUGCUUGAAGAUCAGUCAAAAUCUGAGGAAUCUGAGUUUUCUGGGAGGGAGAAUGAUAAGGAGCAAACAAAAGACUGCUGGAGUGAUAGUUUCUGCUCUGAGGAAGUGUGGGAACCAUUCCCGGAGAAGAGGACCUCGGCUGAUGGUUGCAACGGCGAUAUAUGGGAGAGUAAAGGGGACUGCAGGGAUUUAAACACCGAGUGUAUAACUUGUGAUAGAAAAGAAGGUUCGAAGGUGUACAGUUCUCCAAACAGCUGGCCUUUAUCUGAUGAUAUUGAGCGAGUGAAAUUGCUUGAGAAGAUUAGCUCCUUAUUUCAAAUUCUGGUUAGGCAUAAAUGUUUUGCAACGACUCAUCUCCAGAAGGUGAUACACUAUACCAUGGAGGAGUUACAGGGCAUGUUUCCUGGUUCACAGAUUCUCAGCUCUGGUGUAGAUGCAACGCCUCUAUGCAUUUGCUUUUUGGGAGCUACCCAGCUUAAGAAGAUAAUUAAAUUUCUGCAGGAGAUAUCCCAUGCUUGUGGUGUGAGUAGAUAUCCUGAGAAAGUCACUCCAGAUGAAUCCAGUAACUGCCCCCAAGUUUGUGACCAUGAAGAAAGAAUCAUGCUUAAUGAAGAUGCAUCGUCCCUCUUACUGGAUGAGAGCUUAUUGAAUUCUGAUGGUUUGAGGAUUGAUACGGGUUCUGGAUAUUCCAUUGAUGUCUGUGAGAAGGGUGCUCAAUCUGGUUCUGGUUCUGGUUCUGGUUCUUUCUUGUCCUGGAUAUAUGCUGGCUCAUCUUGUGCGGAACAGAUAUCAACAUGGGGCAGACUUAAAGAGGAAAGAUCACAGCAGGGUGUGGAAUUGCUGCAGAUGCUUGAGAAGGAGUUUGGCCAUCUCCAGAGCUUAUGCGACAGGAAAUAUGAGCAUUUGGGGUAUGAAGAAGCUUUGCAGGGACUGGAGGAGCUUUGCUUGGAAGAAAGUAAGAAGAGGGAACACAUCACUGAAUUUUCUCACCGUAGCUAUGAUACAAUUAUCAGGAAGCACAGAGAUCAGCUUGUUGAAGGUGAAAACGAUGCUCCAUUUGUCAGCAAUAGGGUGGAGCUGGAAGCCAUCACGAAUGUCUUGAAGGAAGCAGAAAGUCUCGGUGUAAAUCAGUUUGGAUAUGAGGACACCUAUGGUGGCGUAAAUUCUCAUCUAUGUGACUUGGAAGCUGGUGAAGAUGAUUGGAGAUCAAAUGACUAUCUUCAUCAGGUGGAUACCUGCAUUGAGAUUGCGAUUCAGAGACAAAAGGAACAUAUGUCUACGGAGCUGUGCAAAAUUGAUGCAAGAAUAAUGCGAAAUGUGGCUAGCAUGCAGCAACUGGAGCUGAAACUUGAACCUGUUUCUGCACUUGAUUAUCGUUCUAUAUUGUUGCCCCUUGUGAAGUCAUUCAUGCGGGCACACUUAGAAGAUCUCGCAGAAAAAGAUGCCACACAGAAAUCCGAUGCAGCAAGAGAAGCAUUCUUGGCGGAACUGGCUCUUGAUUCGAAGAAAGACACUGGGAAGGGAUAUUAUAACUUAAAACAAAUUCAAGAUAAGACGAAAGACAAGAAAAAGAAUAAAGAUUCUAGGAGAAACAAAGAUACUAAGGUCGGCAGCUUUACUGAGCAGCUUGAGCCUUCUGAACAAUUUUCACUUGCAGUUACAUCUGGUGGUGAUCAUGUGGAUACUGAUCUGCUGGCUUCAGAAAGUGAUGAGAAGAUAAAAGAACUUGAGGAGGUAUCUCGAAGAAAGAUUGAGCUAGAGGCAGAGGAGAGAAAGCUUGAAGAAACUUUGGAAUACCAGAGACGACUGGAAAAUGAGGCAAAGCAGAAGCUUCUUGCUGAGCAGCGUAGAAGAAAUGCUGUUGCAGCUUCUCAAGAUGUUGAGUACUUGGGUGAUGUUCCUUCAGGGCCGGGCUUCUCAGUAGCUUUAAACUAUGAGCAAAUGCAGGAGCUACCUGUAUUAAAAAACGUUAUCGCUGAAAAUAUAGAUGUUCUGGAUCAAAACCUGAGGGAUGGCAGUGAUUGUGCUGGUACUGCUAAUGAUGAGUGUGAUAGAAGUGUUAGCAAUUAUCUUAAACAAGGCUCGUUGGAUGGAGAGAUUCCAAGUGGAGUUUUGCCUUCUGAGCGACGAAGUGGAAGGAAAGGGAGGCGCAGGAGUUCCGCAAAACUAUCAGAAGGAAGGUAUCAAGUUGUUUCUUGUGGAAAGGAAGGUGUUAAAAUUGAGAAAUCAGCUGCUGAGAUGAUGCAAAAAGACCAAGUCAGGAGUCAGGAUGAUGGUCUCAGUUGCAGUGUUGGAGAUGUUGGGUCAAAAACACUUCGACAAUUACAAGCUGAAGAAGAUGAGGAGGAAAGGUAUCAAGCAGACUUCAACAAAGCUUUACGGCAAAGCCUAGACACAUAUCAAGCUUGUCAGAAGCUGCCUUUGGUUCCGAAUACCAGGAUGGUACAACAAAGUUUGCAAAAUGCAGAUAUCAUGGGAACUGAAACUGGUGAAGUAAUAAGCAUAAAUGUGAAUGAAAUGGCUUCCUUUGGGGCAGGAUUGCGGAAUGAAAUUGGUGAAUACAAUUGUUUCUUAAAUGUGAUCAUCCAGUCCCUGUGGCAUCUAAGACGAUUCAGGGAAGAGUUUUUGAGGAGAUCAUCGUCCGAGCAUGUUCAUGUGGGAGAUCCUUGUGUUGUUUGUGCACUAUUUGAUAUCUUAACGGCAUUGAACAUGGCAUGCGGAGAUGCAAAAAGCAAACCAGUAGCCCCUACUGCCUUGAGAAUUGCUCUGAGUAAUCUAUACCCAGAGAGUAAUUUCUUUCAGGAGGGUCAAAUGAAUGAUGCUUCCGAAGUGUUGGGAGUAAUAUUUGAAUGCCUGCAUCGGUCAUUUCCUUCAGGUUCAAUUGGUUCUGACAGUGAGUCAAUAGAAAGCAACUGCUUGGGAUCUUGGGAUUGUUCCAGCCCUUCUUGUAUAGCACACACUCUUUUUGGAAUGGACAUAUUUGAACGAAUGAAUUGCUAUAAUUGUCAUUUGGAGUCCAGACAUCUGAAGUACACUUCUUUCUUCCAUAAUAUCAAUGCCAGUGCCCUGAGAACAAUGAAGGCAUGUCUUUUAGAGCGACGUUGUAUACUUCCGGUAAUGUGUGAAGAUACUUCAUUUGACGAGCUGUUGAAUUAUGUUGAGAUGAAUCAUCAGUUAGCUUGUGACCUAGAAGCUGGUGGGUGUGGGAAAUCUAACCAUAUUCAUCACAUUCUUUCGAACCCUCCUCACAUAUUUACAACAGUUCUUGGUUGGCAAAAGACAUGUGAGAGUGUUGAUGACAUUACAGCAACCUUGGCUGCCUUGGCUACUGAGAUAGAUAUCAGUGUGCUUUACCGUGGUCUAGAUCCGAAGAACGUACAUCGUCUGGUCUCUGUGGUUUGCUACUAUGGUCAACAUUAUUAUUGCUUUGCUUUUAGUCAUGACCAUGAGAGAUGGAUAAUGUAUGAUGACAGGACAGUGAAGGUAAUUGGUGCCUGGGAGGAUGUCCUUUCCAUGUGCGAAAGAGGUCAUUUACAACCUCAAGUCCUGUUUUAUGAAGCUGCAAACAGAUAACUAUGGGGUUGUCGUCGUAGCAUCGGAAUGUGAGAAUACAGCAGACUAAGUAAUGCCUUACCUGCAUAUUUCUGAGUUUUUUGAUUCAGAAAGUAACUGAUGUCUUUAAGAAAGUUGGAGAAUUUUCGAUGGAUGAAAUCCUAAUUUCUGCUAGAAACAGGAUUAGAGAGGAAUUUUUGCUCAUUGAAAAGGUAUCUGACACAGCAUCUGUUCUGGAGCCAUACAAAGUAAUACUGCAAAAACAACCAAGAUUAAGGUGCCUGAGACACAGUUUCAUAUUCAAUACUGCAGUGUUCGUCUUCAGAUAGAGGAGCACUAGCUAUCUUCGUCUCCUACAAUAAAAACAUGGUUGGCGAAGGUUCAUAAUAGUAUACAAGUCUAUUUACCUUUCCGGUCACUACUUUCUAUACGGUGGUUCCAAGGGAAAGUUUGAAGAACACCUAACUGGCUGCGGCCAUCCUGAUGGGUAACAACAGGAAAGAUGCUUUACCGCCUGCGGUUGGGAGUACUAGAACAGUUAUACUCCAACAUGUAUAUGAUUGGGAGUACUUCAGCGUCACUAAAGGAAUUUCUGCUGCCCUCUGAAAAAAAUAGGAAUGUGGGAAUAGUUUUUGUAUAGAUAGCGAGGUGUCCCAUAGAACUUGUUGCAGGCUAGAAUAUUGUUUAAUAUGACAAUUUUGAUGAUGAUAAGGAAAUUAGUAGAUUAUUGGUGAUCCCUACCAUAUGGACACCCGUGUUACGAAAGUUGUAUGAGUGUUGAUUAUUGAUAUCCACAACAAAAUAUAAAUCUUUGCCGUCAA